AGUGCUCUGUACGACCCUUUCGUCAUCGCAUGCGUUUAUCUGUUCUCUACCUUUGUGACCUGGCUUACGUUUACUGAACUCCCGUGUUUUGAUUACCUUGGCUUGCGAUUACUGGACUUGUUUGAGUGCUGUUUCGACUAUACCUUUACUUACGAUUACCGGACCUGUUUGAGUACUGUUUUAACUACUUUGGCAAACGUUUACUGGACUUUGAGUGUUCUUGUGUCUACCUUGGCCUGGUCUGGAAAUUGUUAUGGUCAAAAGUUUUCACAGCUUGAAUUUUGAAAAUCGGUUAUGGAUCCUUACGACAACCCAGUACCUGGAACUUCUUAUUCCUGGGGCGAUCCUGCUUGGAAUACCCUCCACAUAGAGGAGACACUCGUAUCUAUGGAUUCGUUCAUCGGGGAACCAAAUAGAGAAGAAACGAUUUUACUUAUCCAUUCACCUCAAUAUCCAAUCACGGAUUCUGAAUUAUUGGGGAUAUUGUCGGAAAAUGUAAUGGAUGAAUUGGAGACCGAUAAUGAUGGUGACACUGAUACCGAAUUUUCCGAAAUUAAUGAAAAUGCACAAGAUGACUGUUACGCUUGGUGAAGCAUGGAUUCCCGGAAACCCGACAACUAAUAUAACCGGUUUCCCAUUCCUGAAGACGCCCGGACUGAAAAAAGAUGUUGGUGAUGAGCCUAUUAAUUAUUUCGAUGCAUUGUGCUCUUCCAAUCUGCUGGAAUUACUUAAAGACUGUUCCAAUUAAUAUGGGGAAAUAGAAAAAACUUCUACCGCAGCCACAAAAGCAGAAAAAAAUCUUGGAAACCUGUAACCUGUCAAGAAAUGAAAUUGUUUUUCGGUCUCAUAUUUCAUAUGGGAUUUAUAAAGAUAAAUCGCUUGAAUGACUAUUGGAAAAGCGAUGCGUAUUUUGGUCAACCUAUAUUUUGAAGGGCAAUGUCACGGAAUAGAUUUAUUUUAAUUUUGAGAAUGUUAUGUGUGUAUGUAGGACAAGCGACGUGUAGUUAUGAUAAAGUUAAAAAUAUCAUCGAUUACUUUAAUGAAAAAAUAUUAUCUCUAUAUAAUCCAACAAAAAAAAAUUACCAUUGACAAAUCAAUGAUGUUAUGGCGGGGACGAUUAUCAUUUAGACAAUAUAUGAAGGGAAAGCGCCAUAAAUAAGGCCUAAAAUUCUACGCACUGGCUGAUCAGCUCGGGGUUAUUAUGAAACUACAUUUAUACGGCGGUGCAUCUGAUGUUCUCGUAGGCGGCAAAAAUCACGUGCAAAAAGUAGUUGACCACUUGCUUCAUGAUUUUAUUAAUGUAGGAUAUCAUUUGUUCGUAGACAAUUUUUACACAAGCGUCAAUUUAGUUGAAAAAUUAUUUUCUAAUAAAACCUUUUGCACAGGUACGCUUCGACAGAAGAGAAAAAAUAAUCCAAAAGAAAUUGAAUCGGCUAAAUUAAAAAAGGGAGAAUUAUGCAUUGUUCACAAGAAUAAUAUUUGUGUAUUAAAAUGGAUAGACCAAAGAGAAGUAAGGGCUAUAUCAAGUAAAUAUAAUGGGGAUUUAGAAAGCACGCGAAAUCGACGGGUACUUUAAAAUCAAAGCCACAAAUGGUUAUUAAAUACAAUAAAAGUAUGAAAGCAAUCGAUCGACAUGACCAAAUGUUGUCUUACUAUUCAUGCGAGCACAAAUCGUUGCGAUGGUAUAAAACGGUAAUCAUACAUGUUAUGCAAAUUUUAUUGGUCAACUCCUUUUUAUUGUAUAACAAAUACAGUUCAAAAAAUUUAACAUUGUACGAUUUCCGCUUAACUGUAAUUAAAUCAAUUAUAGAACCUCAUUUGCCUCCCGCAUUACAAAGGCAUUUAAUAAAUAAAAUUCAUUGUAUCAUGAAACUACCAAAAGAUACCCACGGCAAAACAAAGCGAAGGCGUUGCAAUCAAUGAUGGCGCACAUUUAAAAAAAGGAUUCAAACUAUAUUCGCAUGCGAAGAUUGCCCCGGUCAGCCAUGAUUGUGUAUUGAGUGUUUUAGACCGUACCAUAAAUAUUAAAGAGCGUUUAUACCAUCCACUAGCAUCACCAACUAGUGAACGGCGUAAAAGCAUUUAUUGAUCUCCUUCGUAUUGAAAAUUUUAGUGUUGCCUAAAAAUGUUGAUUUAAAUUGUUUUGUACUGUAAGAAUAAAAGAGUUGAUU